UCGAGGACCACAGCUGAGGAAUUCCAGGCUGGUGAUUUCUGAUCCAAAAGGCGAUAGGCACUCGCACACAGCUCCACAGCACGAAACAAGAACCGCUGUUCUCGGCAGCUCCCCCUGCAAAUACACACCUUUUGAAAAUCACCGGAGCUGAGUCUCUGGAAGCUUGAGUCGCACUCAGUUUUAAGGUGAAGGGUGGAGAUGGGGGGGUGUGCAAUCUUCUAUUGCCAAUGAAAGGGCUCGGGGGGGGUCUGCGAAGGGCUCUCUGCUUUGUUGCUGUCGGAAGGACGAGGCAUCUGGCGGGAGUGGCAGCAACAGGUCGGCAGGGACGGGGGGCACGAUGAGUGUGAGCCGCAUGCUUCCACCCUCUGCACAGCAACACCACUGCGUCCGCUCGGGUAGCCCGUCCCCUGGCUCAGAGACAGAGACCACCGUCGUCAUGGGAGACAUCUGAGCGAAGGAUAAACACAUCCCCUCCGUUCCGUUCGUGUGGUUUUCGACCACAGGUGUUGUCAUCCUGCCUCUUGGUCUUGCAUCACAAUCCGGAUCACCGAUGAAAAUGAACCACACGACAGUGGCUUGAAAGCAACAGGUUAUCUGGAGCUCCUGUCUGACAGCACCGGCACUGAGAUGAGGGCUCAUCACCAUGUGUAACAUCCACUUCAACCACUCGCUGGCUACAAUGAGCGGCAAUGACAUCAUGGCAUACUCCCUGACUCUGGAGCAGAAGACAGUGUUUGCCUUUGUGGGCAUGCUGCUGGUGUUCCUGGGAUUGCUGAUCAUCAGAUGCUUCCGCAUCCUGCUGGACCCAUACAGCAGCAUGCCCUCCUCCACCUGGGCGGAUGGGGUGGAGGGCCUGGAGAAGGGGACCUUUGAGUACGCCCUUGCGUAACUCAGCGUUUGAGCCACGGGCAAAGCCGGGGGUUUGUGCGUUACGCUAAGUUCAACAAUGGUGACCGAAGAUCCUCAGUCAUGAGACCCCCUCAGACCAUGAGCUCGUCUCUGCAUCCCCGCCCGUCUUAUGGGUGAUGACUCUGUUCUUCUAGAACUCGCUGGGCCCGUUCUGUGGAGCCACAUUUGUCGGUGGGCGAAGGGAAAGGUCUCAGGGAACAUGAGAAAUUCAAGAUCACAACAACCUUGUGCACACAAAAGUUGUGCCCUUAUGCUCCGGCAUACAGGCAGGGUGUUUCGUGGGCAGUGAUGUUUUGUAAGAGAGACGAGCCAUCUUCUCAGAAUGUGACAUGAUAUCUACACUACCUGCAUGCCUCGAGCAUACAGAUACCAGGUUGCUCCAUAUCUGUAUUAAUUCAGAGACUCGAAUUCCUCUACGUCUUGUGAGUAGGUCUGACUUUUACCUGUGACGUUGAGUGAUGAUUUGACGCCAUUAUAAAGCCUUACCGUAUUUUGGCGUCACUACAUGUCUAUAACGGGGGGGGGCGCGGUGGUGCAGCGGGUUUGGCCAGGGUCUGCUCCGUGGUGGGUCUGGGGUUUGAGUCCCAUUUGGGGUGCCUUGUGAUGGAGUGGCAUCCCGUCCAGGGUGUGUCCCCUCCCCCUCUAACCUUGAACCCUGUGCUGCCUGGUUAGGUUCCAGUUCACUGCAACCCCCACUUGGGACAAGCAGUUGUAGAUAUUGUGUGUGUGUACAUGUCUAUAAUGUUGAUCAACUGUGUGUAGAUAUGUGACAUUAGAGACGAUUGCUAAGUCCUCUACAGAUUCGUGUGCUGGUUACUCGUUCCUGUUACAUGUUGCCUCGUGCCAAGGAUUAUGUUGUCAAAAAAAGAGAUUAAUCUGCCACGGAUGCACAGGUGGAGUUGGAAUAAUGAUGGGGGCUGUCAUUUAAACAUUCCCCGUGGAGAUAAUGUGGGGAGAGGAGAAGAGAUCAGCCCUUGUUCCUGCCAACAGAUGAAGCCCAGUCAAAAUGACAGCAAACAGUUAUGAGGUCAUCUGUAUUUGGGCUCAUUUGUUUUCAUUUUUGAAGGCUGAUGGCAGGCAAGGGGAGGGGUGCCUCCCCAAAGAGAGUAUGUGCAGUAGAGCUUAUGCCAAGUUUUCCUUGUGCAGUGGACUUGCCUUACUGUAACCUAGAACAGGUUUUACGUGCCUUCAUUUAGGACUGUUGCCACGUUCCCCCAGCAGGCGGCACCUACUGCGAGUGAAGACCUUAACCGCUGUCUCCUCACCAAGUGCAGCACAGGGGAAG